AUGUAUCUGCGACCCGAGGUCGAGGUUUCCGACUGGGGGUUUGUUGAGCAAUUCCUCGCGGACCAUCCGCUGGGUCUGCUCACUACCGCCAUAGCUGUGCCUGGCCAGCCAACGAUACAAGCCUCGCACGUACCGUUCCUCUUCAGUCCACCACCACAACAUCCCACCAAGAACGCCAAAUGGACGAGCACCGGUGGCACAUGGUCUCGGGACGGUGGCAAUGAUCUUGGUGUUCUGCGGUGUCAUCUUGCGCGCGCGAAUCCACAAGCGAAAGCGCUUCUCUCUGCGUCAUCAUCGGACGAGGUCCUGGUCGUCUUUAGCGAUCCCACCAACCAGGCCGGAUACAUCUCGCCGCAGUGGUAUAUCGAAACCAAACCUGCGACUGCCAAGACGGUCCCGACGUGGAAUUACUCGGAGCUGCAGAUCUACGGCCAUGCGCGGAUCGUCCCCACCGAGCAAGUCGUUGAAGAUCUGAGCGAUCUUCAUGAACACCGUCUUGUGGAGGCCAAUCCCAAGUCGCACGUGUGGAAGGUCUCGGAUGCUCCUGAAGCGUAUAUAAAGCGACUGCAUGCUGCUAUCGUCGGUAUCGAGAUCACGAUCACCAGUGUCGCGUGUAAACUCAAAAUGUCGCGCGAUAAGAACGACACCGACCGACAAGGCGUCGUCGACGGACUGAAAGGCGUGGGCAAUGAAGCGGCAGACAAGAUAGCAGACACUGUUCAACGCCUUGGUUACUUCAAAAAGUCAAGCUAG